UGUUUCAUCUGGUGUACCCCAGGGAAGUCACUUGGCCCCAUUACUGUUAGUUCUUUACCUAAAUGACCUUCAAAACGUAGUUCGUUUUUCCAAAAUUUUAAUGAACGCUGAUGAUGUGAAGCUCUUUCUUCACACAAAUUCACUUAAGCGACCCAUAGACCACACAAAUUUUUGUGCAAAUCGCUUAUGUGUGUUAGUGAAAUAAGGUUGUAUGUGUCACACGUACGAGUUUGUGCAAAUCGAUCUGAAAAAUCAAAACCAUUUAGAUUUUCGGCUUGUUUGUGUGGUGUGUGGGCGUUUGCACUAAAUCUGUUCAGUUCCUGAUAAACAAUCAAGCAUUACACAACAAAAGAGGAAGAAGAAUAGAAAUUAAUUUUUGACUUGCCGCCGUAGUUUUGUUUGUUUGUUUUUUGCUGUUAUUUUUUAAAAAUGGAAAGAGAAGAAGAACAGAAUUUGAAGUUUUAUUGAAGUUUACCGAUCUUUGCCUGCUCUGUGGGACAUAAGGUCGAAGGAAUAUGCAAACAGAGACAUAAAGAAUUCCCAAUAUUCCACUUUAUUGUCAAAGUAUAAGGAAUUCUACCCAGAUUGUGACAAAGCGGCGGUAGUAAAAAAAAAAUAAUUCUUUGCGUACUGCUUAUCGCAACUACCGCAAGAAGGUCAGCGAUUUGGAGAGGAGUGGUGUUGGCUACGAUGAGGAAAGCGUGCCCAGUUUGUUUUAUGCCGAUGCACUGAAUUUCCGGAGUGACAUGGACAAACUAAGGGAAUCACGGACGACAAUGGCUACUCCAAUUCCGCUAGGAGAAAAAGAUAAAGUUCCUAAAAAGAAAAAGCCACAAGAUUCUUGCGACGCUCUGAUUGAUAUUGCGUCCCCACCUUCGGAUGACCAAGCAAAAAUGGCUGAGGUGUACGCGGCAAAAUUGAGAAAAAUGACCCCAGAGCAGCAACUCUUUGCUGAUCGUUUUAUUAACGACAUUCUGUACGAGGGUCAAAUGGGGCAUCUCCACGAAGAAUUCUUAAAUAUGGGACGAAGUCGUGCGUCAACGCCAGGUCAGUUGGGGCCUCUCCACGAAGACUCCAUAUUUUUGAGAAGAAGCCGCGCGUCAACGCCAUACUCACAGUUCAGUCCGAUUAUUGCCGACAACGAAACACAUUUUACUUUUACGUCCGCCGAAAAGGAAAAUAUCCCCUCGUCGCAGCGGUCAGGGAUUGGUAACUCCGUACAAUCAUCCGGGAAGCGAUUCGUGUAUUUGCCGGUACAAAAAAGUCAGGCGCAGCAUAUGGGUGGUAUAGAAGACAACAACCAAGAAACAGCUGCGGCAUACUUCAUGAACUUUUCGGAGUCUUAAUAUUUAACUUAUUUAAUUUAUUUUUAAAGCUUUAAAUAGAAUUAUUUUUUUUUACUACACUGUAUGUAAUUUUUUACGUUUUAUAAAAAUGUUAACUUGAAUUUUAAAAUAAAAAACAAAAAUUUACCUGAAACCAA